UCUAAACCCUAAACCAUGUCAAUCCUUCGCAAACUCGCUCGUAAAAACCCUAAUUCUCCAUUUCUUCUCUGCAACACCUCACGUUUCUUCAACACACAAAACCCUAACCCUUACGAACCCACCGUCGCUUACUACGACAACCUCAUCAACACGGCGGGGCGGAACAGAGACUUCGCCUCCGUCUGCAACCUUCUCAAUAAACGCGUGAGAGACGGGUGCUUCAACACCAAUCACACCUUUGACUUCAUCACCAACACUGACGCCGGCCUCUCCGUACUCGACGAGCUCUCCCAAGCCCUAGCUCAUCUCGACAAAGGGUUCCCUCGGAAGAGCGCGUAUGAUUCCCUCAUCGCGCGGCUCUGCAGAUUAAAGCGUGUCGAUGAGUCCCUGCGCUUGGUGGAUACCAUGGUCCAGUCGGACCACGGCGUCAACGCGUGUACGUUUCACCCUAUCCUCAAUGUGCUCACCAGGAAGAGGAAGAUGGAGGAGGCGUGGCGCGUGAUGACGAUUAUGAGAGAGAGCGGGGUUUCCCCUGACGUGACAGCUUACAACUAUCUUCUCACGGCGUACUGCUUCACCGGGAACCUGGAGGCGGCCGUCGGAGUGCUGACGGAGAUGGAGGAGGAGGGAAUGGCAGCGGAUACCCGGACGUACGACGCGCUGGUGCUCGGCGCGUGUAAAGCGGGGAAGGUGGAGGGGGCUAUGGUGGUGCUGAGGAGAAUGGAGGACGAUGGAGUGCCUAUACUGUACUCCACGCACGCGCACGUUAUCAAUGGACUAUUAAAGCUGGGCUAUUAUGCGCAGGCGGUGGAGUUCGUGAUGAUAUUUGGGGGGAAAGACAAGAAGCUUGAUGAAGAGAGCUUUGGGAUCUUAGGAAGCCGUUUGAUAAAUUUGAAAAGGUUUGAAGAGGCCAAGUUGGUUUUGAAGGAAAUGAGGAGAAGGGGUAUAGUGAUGAGAAGUAAUGAAUUACAAGAUUUUUAUGAAUUACAUAUCACUCAAAAUUUUUGAUUUCUUUCCUUCAAACUUAUUUUUAGGAUUUGGGAGACAUGUAUAAGGGGCAAAAUUAAGGUCAAACAAUAAGAAAAAAAUACCCAUUUCAAAUUGGUGCCAAAAAAGAAAUAUAUAAAUAAUUUUG